AUGGCCGCCGAGAGCGAGGCCGAGUACCUCAAAUGGACCAAAGACAGCUUGGUCAAGCGCGUACAGUGGCUCGAGGCGCAGCUGAUGAAGCAGCCCUCAACAGCGCCAGCGACGGCGAGUGCGAGUGCGACUACUGGAGCUUCAAAACCCGCGGCAAGACCACCACUUCCCUCCGAUAAUUGGAAGCUAAAAAAGAAAAGCAAAGCCGACAAGAUGCUCGACCCUUCAAAGUACUCGACCCGCCUCGUUGCCAUCAAGCUGUCGUACCUUGGCAAGAGCUACAAUGGCUUCGAGUUCCAGACGUCGGCCUCGGUGCCGUCCAUCGAGGAGGAGCUCUGGAAGGCCAUGGUCAAGAGCUGUCUCAUCUCGCCCGAAAACCCCGACAAGGUUGACUUUGCCCCCUUUGAGUAUUCCAAGUGCGGUCGCACCGACAGGGGUGUGAGCGCCUUUGGCCAGGUCAUCAGCAUCAGGCUACGCAGUUCGCGGCCGCUGCCCGAGACGGAGCAGGAUGAGCUUGUUGUCGCGGAACCGGGCCCAGACGGUAAAGGAGCGGCGGCGGGCGACGCAGAGAUAGUCGACGCGGCAGCAGCGGCUGCGGGCGAGUCUGGAGUGCCGCCGAGCGAGGAAGCGGUUGUUGUGCCCAAGCCCGAGUGGGAUCCCAUCGCCGACGAGAUCCAAUAUUGCAAGGUGCUGAACCGGCUCCUGCCUCCAGACAUCCGCGCGCUGGCGUGGGCGCCGACGCUGCCCGAAGACUUCUCGGCUCGGUUCUCCUGCCGGGAGCGCCAGUACCGGUACUACUUCACCCAGCCGUGCUAUCUCCCGACACCUUGCGACCCGAAAGCGGUGCCAGGGCCCCCAAAGACGGCCAUGAAGGACGGCUGGCUGGACAUUGAGGCGAUGCGGGCAGCCGCCAGGAAGUUUGAAGGGCUGCACGACUUCCGCAACUUCUGUAAGGUCGACGCCGGGAAGCAGAUUACCAACUUCAUGCGGCGCGUCUUCGAGGCCGACAUUGUCGAGGUUCCCGACGUCGGCUCCGCCUUGCCAUUCUUGGACCAGCGCGGCUUCAAGCCCGACGUCCUCCGCGGGGGCGGGGACAAUGUCACUGGAAACGUAGUGUACCCCAAGGUCUACUACUUCCACGUCCGCGCGUCAGCCUUCCUCUGGCACCAGAUCCGCCACAUGGUGGCCAUCGUCUUCUGCGUCGGCCAGGGGCUCGAGUCGCCGUCGGUAGUCUCGGAUCUCUUGGACGUGCAAAAGAACCUGCGGAGGCCCGACUACGUGCUUGCCGACGAAGUGCCCCUGGUGCUGUGGGACUGCGUCUUCCCGAACCUCGACCACGUGGUGGCGGACCAGACGGAAUUCACCGACUCGGUCGGCUGGGUGCGGCUGGGCGAGGACAACCCGUACGACCCGCCGGCGUCGGGCGGCCUGGUGGGCCAUCUGUGGUCGGACUGGCGUGAGAAGAAGCUGGACGAGCUCUUGGCCAACCGGCUGCUCGAGUGCGUGGCCGGCAAGUACGACGUGAGCAAGCUCCUGGAGGGUACCCCUGUGAAGGCGUCAACCAGCCAGAAGAUCUUUGCCGGCGGGAACAAGGGCAACCCUUGCGGCAGUUACCUGCCGGUGCUCAAGCGGCCGCUGAUGCUGGCAGUCGAGGACAUCAACGACAAGUGGGCGCAGAGCAAGGGCUUUACCAACUCGGAGGAGCUGUUGAAGACCACCAACUGGCGGACCGCCAUCCGCGAGGCGAAGAGAACCGGCAGCAUAUGGAGCGGCUCCGAUGCGAGGAGCAGGUAG